GCAUAAGAUUAAAACGCAGCUGUUGCUAUUUUCUGUGAGUGUGACGCUUUAGUGGGCUGUUUUGUUUUUGUACAACCAUAAAUGUGUCCGAAGGAAACAUGUAUUAAAACGCAGUUGUGGCCGCUUUAAGUGUUGAAAUGCAAAUUAAAUGGUUGCGUUAGCCAAGCCACAACCCACAAACAACAAAGAUUCGCUGAUCUCAAAUUCAAGACGUGCCUGGGAUCCGAUUACCGUUACAUUAAAUAAAGCAUUAAAUUAGCUAAGAAAAACUGUGCCUCCAUUACUUCCUGGUCCAUCAAUAAAUAGCAUCCGGCUUCUCAAUCAAAACGAAAGUCGAUGAACUAUCAUUCUCAAACAAUGUGCUAUUAAACUCAAAGCAGCCAAUGUUUUGCAUUUUAUCUGCAGCGUUUGAGAUAUUUUAAUUUUAUAGUUUCGCAUAUGUCAUUGAUUUGGAGUUUUUUUCUACGACGUGGCCCAGAUGUUGAGCAUGGAUUCUUUGCAAGUGGCCGAAGAGGAGGUCGUGGAGUCUACCUCUAACCGGCUGGAAGACAUCUACACGUUUUUGGAUGAGGGCACCUACCCCCAAUCUAUGAAUCCAAUGCGAAAAAAAAAUCUGAAACGAUACGCCCAGAAAUUCAUGAUUGAAGAGGGACGACUGUAUUACGUGGGACCAAAGAAGGAAGAGAAAAGAGAGGUGGUGAUUGACGCUCAGAGGAAACAGCAAAUCUUCCUGGAGUGUCACUUCAAUGAUAUUGGGCACCACUUAGGACAGAAGAAGACCGUGCACAGAAUUCAAACAAAGUACUACUGGUUGGGCAUUGUAAAAGAUGUGGUGGACUGGAUUAAAUUGUGUGAAACCUGCCAACACACAGAGAGGAAUAAAAACAUGACGAGAACAAUCCGACCAAUAAAAGUGGAAGCUCCAUGGGAAAUUCUGGGGAUCGACAUUUUCGGACCAUUUCCAGAGACCAAGCAAGGCAACACAAAUGUCGUAAUCAUAACUGAUUAUAUGAGUAAAUGGGUGGAGGCUUCCCCGAUACCAAAGAGGGACUCUUUGUGUGUUGCAAGAUGCAUUUCUACAGCCAUUUACAGGUUUGGGACGGUAAAGACGGUGUACUGUUCUCAGAGUAUGGACUUCUGUGAUGAGGUGACGAAGCACCUGUGCGACAGGUGGAACGUGGUGCAGAAGGUGUCUCCCGUGGAGCAGCCUCAGCUCAACGCCCUGUACGACCGCAGCAGCAGCCUGCUCCGGGAGGCCAUCCGCCAGGUGGUGACGGAGAAGCAGGCCGAGUGGGACGACUUCCUGGACCCGGUCCUGUUCGUGUUCCGCACCUCCGCCAACCCCACCACCCGGUUCACCCCGUACUACCUGAUGUUCAACAGAGAGGCAAGCUUAACCAGCGAGAUGGAAGUUGACUUCCUGAAGUAUCACCAAGUGCAGGAGAUUUGUCCCGUGAAAGAGGAGAGUGUGUCCAGCUUUGUGGAAGCUAUGCAGGAGCAGCAGAACAAGGUCAAGCAGCUUGUCGUGGCGAACAUGAACGGCGCGUACCGGCAGCAGAAGAAGAACGCCAAGCGGAGAGCCCGGAGCAUGCCGUCCAUCACGUUCAGCGUCGCGGACCCCGCGUUCGGGACCGGGGAGUCGCCGCCGCUGAAGAAAGAGAGCCUGUAUCUGUCCUUCCCCGUGACGACGGUCCUCGCGGCCGAGCAGAGCGGCUCUGACGAUAAGAAAACGGACUUGGAGUAUUCCCUCCCGGUUUCCCACAUCCACUGACGGGUCGGGCCGGAGGACUUGACGUAUACUGGCCUCUGAGGUGCAUUGGCACGCUACCCCGGUCCAUUUUUGGGUAGACUGUUCGCACCUCUCGACUGUGUGAGUCCCACACGGGUCCAGCCUGGGUCCGCUCUUGUUGACGCGUCAGAGGGAAUGUGUUGAAACUACAGCAGGGGCUGUUCAACUGGCAACCCAGAGACCAAAUUCUGCCCACUGUGUAUGUAGUUCUGGCCCAUUUGCCACUGAGAUGAAGGGGAAAAGCAUUAUUCAGAUGCAUCUGCACAAUGUUGGCAUACCUUCCACUAGUGACACAAUAACAGCUAUGCAUAUAUUAAGAAUGCAUCUACUGUGUUUACACGUGUGCUGGGACCUAUCUGUGUGGAGCUUGCAUGUUCUGCACAUGUCCACUGGGGUCUCCUCCCACAGUGAAGCUAACCUAACCCAGUUAGGCUAAUUGGCGAGUCUAAAUUACCCGUAGGUAUGAGCGUGUGUCUGCGUGCGCCCCGUGAUGGACUGGCAACCUGUCCAGGGUGCAUUCCUGUCUCUCGCCCAAUGCAUGCUGGGAUAGGCUCCAGACCCCCUCCCCAACACACACAAACACACACACACACCAUCCACAAUACUGACCAGGAAUAAGUGGGCUAGAUAAUGGGUGGAAGUUUUAUAAGUUGUAUGUGGGAAAUGUUUUCCCCCUUAUUCCCAUUUUUAAAUAGGAAAAAAUAUCAAGGAAAUGGUUGAAUAACCUUGAACUACAUUCUGAAGCAAGACCUUGCACUCCAUGUUCAGUUUAUUUUAAUAUCCAAUGGAUUUUUUUUUUGGUCAGUAUUUUUUAUUUUGUUUUCAAGCUGUUUACAAGGACUAGUGUCUUUGAUGCCUCAGAAGAUGACUUUAUAGAACAUGUUCCUGUUGAAUUCGGGCUGACGAUUUGGGGUAUUGACUCUUACUACCUGUGACUGUCGCAUAAUGCACUGAUGUAACUUACCAUUUUCCUGCUUUACAUAAAGACUGGCUUGAUUUUAUUUGAUAUGAAA